AUGAUGGUAGUGGUGCGGGCAAGGCCCGAGGCUGGGCCUAACGGCAACAAGGUGUGGCAGUGGCGUGGCAGACAGCAAAAAUUUGCGAUCCCCAAAGCAAGCCCAGUAGUGUCAGCUGGACGGGUGCUGUGUGAUGUCUGCCUAAAUCCUGCUGUGAAGACCUGUCUGACCUGUGGGGAUUCCUACUGCAUGACUUGCAUCAGGCCUCACUACUCUGACCCAGAUCUGGAGAGACACCAGCUACAGGACCUUCAGGAUCAGAGCCUCUGUGAACAGCACCAGAGACAGCUGGAGUUCUACUGCAGGACCGACCAAUCAGCAAUCUGCUCACGCUGUUUCCUUAAAGAUCACAAUGGACAUGACGUCGUGGAGCAGGAUGCACAUGAGACACAAUGCAAAGUUACCAAAACAGGAGGUGUUCCUCCACCUGGGCAGAUCCAGUUCCCCUCAGUGCAGCCAGACUCUGUGACUUUAAGAUGGUCACCACCAGAGGGCGCUCCUGGCCCCCACAAGUACAUGGUGACCAGGAGACGAGAGCAGCACUACUUCCCGGUGACAGGUUCUGAGGUGCAGGUGACGGGACUUCUUCCAGGAGAGAAGUACCACUUUACUGUGGCCACCCUCAGUGAAGAUGGCCGCCAGAGCCCAUGUGUGAGGGGAUCUGUACACACAGGUGAGGAUUAG